UCAUAUGCAGCUACAAAGAAUUUCGCAUUUUGACAGGGCGAAUUUUCAUUGGAGGUGAAACGUUUGGAUUUUUGCCAUUAGCUCCCUUAUAAUUUCGUUAAAUUUUCGGUUUGCUCGCGUUUUCACUUCAACUUUGUUUGGAUUAUUACUUCUUUGAAGUACAGAGUUUUUAUAAAAAAAGUGAAAAUGAAGUUUGUAUUCCUGACGCUGUUCAUAAUUGGUGUUGCAGCAGCUGCGAAGUACAACACCGUCUUACUGGGUGGAGCGCAGAGCACAACGCCAUCAGCGCUGUCAAAAGUUACAUCCGAGGAAUUCUAUAGCAUUCUGAAACCCCUGGCCGAAAACAACCAGAUUGUUGUGUUCCAAGAACCUGGUUUAUCUUUCCAUGAUUUCUUGUGCAAGAAAAACGGCACGGAGUCACAGUCAUGUUAUGCUCACUUAAGCUCAAUCACCCCAAAAACAUUCUAUGCUAAAGGAGACCUUUCCGAUAAAGUAUUGGCGUCAAUAGAUCCGAAUUAUGUUGUGAUUUCUAUCCCUAAAGAUGGUAAUCUUGAAACGCCUCUUAAAUGUGAAGCUCACAAGGUCUAUAUCUUUCAAUUCAGUGAAGAAACUGAGUUAAGCCGCGAGGAUACUUUGGAAGCACAUGAUUUCAUCAUUCAAAAAAUCAUUAAGCAAUUGUCCUGCCCUACAAUCUUGUUGUAUACAGCUACACCCGUAGAAGAGACGUCUGUAAAUAAACGUUCACGACGUGCAGUUUCUGUUUGGGAGACCGCUGCGCCUGAAGGUGGUACUAUAUUCGCUGAUACUAAAUUUCAGAUUUUCUACACAAAACUGGCAGUUAAGAUCGGUACUGCCGCUGCCAAAGAAAUUACCAUUAGCAGCAUGAGCAUCCAGGAGCGUAACACAACUGAUUUCACAGUCACACUUGCAAGCAGCGAUGCUACCGACACUAUCACUUUCGAUAUUGAGUUAGUAAAGGGGUACUAUUAUAUGAAGCAAUUGACGUACAAUACGAAUACACAAUUCCGUACGACAGAUAUAAAUGCGCCACCAGCUUUCUCAUACUAUUGCGGCAAUUUGACUGUGUAUUCAAACAGCGGCGACUCACUUCUUUGGAAUUCCGUCCAAUUCCAAGCUCCUUUCGGAAGUAAAGUUACAGCAGUAGGUGACAAAUAUUUUGAAUUUGGUGACUCUUGGAAUUGCGUUGGGUUUGUUACACACGCAAUCCUUGCUGGGUUAUUUGUAUCGUUAAUUUUACUUGCAAUUCUUUUCGUCGGCAUUUGCUGGAUGAUGGAUAUUAACACAAUGGAUCGCUUUGAUGAUCCCAAAGGCAAGACAAUCACAAUUAACGCAAAUGAGUAGUGAAAUAUCGAGUGAUAAACGCGGGUAAAUUACUAUUAUCCGAAAAGCAGCUACUGCAUAUGGCGUUAUUGCGCUGUCAGUUGCGCACACUUCAUUCCCUUUUAUGUUAUUAUUUUAUGGCAUUGUACAGGCCAAUUUCAUUUAACUAAAUAUGUAUUUUUGGAAGCCAGGUAAAAGCAUAGGUAGAAUAUUUGCUUUGAGCAAAUUGAACUGCCUUCCAACAUUAAAAUCAUAAAAUAUGGAAAUUAAGAUUUCAACUAAAGUGAGUUCAUUCUCCCAAGUUCUGUUUGAAAUACCUAAUGAGGAUUUUGCGCUGUACAUUCGUAAGUUUCUCCCGCAAUUCCCAUUAAAUUUAUUCCACCUCUUUUCUCAGCAUCAUAAUUGGGUUUAUUAUUUUCUUGUUUAUUUAAGGGAAUUGUAGUUGAAACUUGUGUUCUCAAUUAUAUGGUAUGAUGACUAAAAGUUACUUCUAUCAAAGUUUUUUUUUAUAUUGCAAUUUAUUUUCACUCGACUUCGAUUUCACAUGUGUGUGCCUUAACCGACUUCUGGUAAGAGCCGUGUUCAUCUGGGAGUUAGCGCAAACAUAUUUUGUGUGUGAAUAUGUUUGCAAGCAACCAUCCACCUGAUAUCAAUGUGUUGUAGUAUGUAUUCGAUUUUUAUACGUACUCUAUCAAUAUUAAUAUAUUUUAUAGUUCCGUAUAUUAUAUGUAUGUUAGGCA